GAGGAUGUCGCACUUCCGCUUCCGGUUGCGUCACCGCUGUGCUGGGCUCGGCAGGAGUUGACAGCUGCUCGUCUGUGAACCCAAACUAGAAUGACAGAUGUGUGACCAGUCGACAUCUGAGCUGACUCUGCCUGCUCUGCUCAUCAACUGAGGUAGUGGUGAUGGCGACAGAUAGAGGUAUAGUGGAAGACUGGCUCUCCGAAUUCAAGGCAUUGUCUGAAACGCAGCUGUCUGGUUACGCUGGAGUCCUCGAUCAGAAGAAUACACUGGUGCCAGCCCUCUACAGCGUCAUCCAGGACCCUGACAGUGAGAUGCUGGAGCCGGUAUGCCAUCAGCUGUUUGAGCUGUACCGCAGCUCAGAGGACUGUCUGCGCCGCUUCACGCUGCAGUUCCUGCCCGAGCUGCUGUGGGUUUACCUGCGCAGAGACGGACACAGCAGCGGCUGCAUCGAGGCUCUUCUGCUGGGCAUUUACAACCUGGAAAUCGUGGAUAAAGAUGGAAACAGCAAGCUGUUAUCGUUCCUGAUCCCAUCCCUGUCCAAGCCAUCCAUAUAUCAUGAGGUAAAGAACAGCUCACAUUUACACUUAAACCUCAGAACUGAAGGCGCGCUCUGUCAGCACGACCUGAUCAGAGUGAUCUACAGCGGCCUGCACCCGCAGAGAGAGACCUUCACUGCCCAGAACAGGUUUGAGGUGCUGUGUUUCCUGAUGCUGUGCUAUAACUCGCUGGUGGUCUACAUGCCCCGCUCAUCACACCGGGCCGUCUGCAGGAUGAGCUCGCGGCUGUGCGUGAGCGGCUUUCCCCGGCAGCAGCUGAAGGCCUGGACCGCUCCCUGCAUGCGUGUGCUGCUGGAGCCCCAGUUCAUGGUGCAGAUGCUGGCUGCUGUCUAUCACGCCAUAUAUAACGGCGAGUGGGAUGCUGGGAGAGAGGCUUUGGAUGACAUUCUGUACAGAGCUCAGCUGGAGCUGUAUUCAGAGCCGCUGCUGCUGGGCAAUGCAAUGAAGAGCUCUCUGCCCGGCAGCGCUCCGGACGGAUCUCAGGGGAGGAAGGUCCUGCAGGUGGAGGUCACUCCCAGCAUCAGACGGAUCUCCCGUUGCACCAUCACCGCCGCAUCCAUCCGCAGACUGCGCUGGAAGAGAGAGGAUGUAGACGGGCUGAGCAGGGAGGAGGAGUCCUCCGGCCUGAACGAUGCGGAUGAGGGCUUCUCGUCCGGCGCGUCCAGCAGCAGCCAGCCCAGCGGUGUGCGCGGGAGGAAGAACCGCCCGUCCGCUCGCAGGACCUCCAGCACCUCUCUGGACUGCAGGACGGGGCUGGGCUCCGCCGCCGAGGCUCGCAGAUACUCCAUCCUCAGCCUGCAGGAGCAGCAUCUGCCGGAGGAGGUGGAGCUGCUUUCUCCUGGAAAACAGAGCCGGUCACCCAGCUUCAACAUGCAACUUAUCUCACAGGUCUAGAACCGGCUGCCUCGUCCACGGCUUUCUACGUUCAGUUGGACUGUCACUUCUUGACAGAAGAAUUAUACCCUGAAAGCGGGAACUCUCAUUACUUACUCAUGUCAUUUCAACCCUGUAUUUUUCUCUUGAAACAUAAAAGCGGUCCAAGCCAGGAUGGUGGACGGUGAUUCAUACUGCCACUCAGUGAACACCGUACCAACUUCACACCAGUCAAUAUUAGUGUUACUUCCCUUUCUACAGUCAGUUUGUAAAAGAACAAAUCUUUUCCCAUUUCACACAGCCCAGCCUGAUUCAUUUAACUCUUUUCAGCCAAGUUGCCAGCGUCCGCCAGCAUUUUUGAUCAUUGUCACAAAAUUCUCAUGGCCCCCAGAAUAUUU